AUGAGUGAAGACUUUUAUAUCUAUGAUUUGUCUAAUGAUUUGAUAAAUGGAUUGGAAUUGGUACAAUUUGAAGACACAGGAGUGAUAGAAUCAUCCAAACCUGUUGAAAUUUCAAAGAAUCCAAAAAUUCCCGAGGAAAUUGAUGAUUUUACAAAGUAUAAUAAGAAACGUACAGCAAGAGGUUUGGCUCCGAUUAAAGAGGAGGAAUUUGACAAUUUACUCGAAACUGGAUCGAUAGAAAGUUUAUCGGGGAGUGAGCUGGAAGAUGAAAGUGACGAUGAUUUAUAUACGAGAAUGAAAGAAACGAAAAUUGAUGAUAUUGAAUUGAAUUCCACUCAAGGGUAUUUGAACUCAAAAACUGCCAUGAUCUAUAUGAAAUCUCCCAUACUACCAUCAUCAAAGAACUUUGGUAUUUAUAAAUCUUUCUACUCAAAGAAAGAAAUCGGACAACCCAUUCAAUCGUUGAAAAAUUGGCAAAAUGAGAAGAAUGGGAAAUCAGCAUUAUUUAUGAUUGGAGGUGGUCAUUUUGCCGGUGCUAUCAUAUCUCAUCAAAGAAAGAACAUUAAAGGAAAUGCUGUCAACCACAAAGAAUCCUUACAAGAGCAAAAAGUCGACAUUUUAAAGUCUAAGACUUUCCAUAGAUAUACCACCAGAAGGAAACAAGGUGGUUCUCAAUCAGCUAGUGAUAAUGCUAAAGGAAAAGCCAAAUCUGUGGGUUCCAAUAUGCGUAGAGAGAACGAAAAGUUGUUGAUCCAAGACGUUAGAGAACUUCUUAACUCAUGGAAACAAGAUUUGAAUGAGUGUAGUUCAAUAUUCAUUCGUGCCAAUGGAUCUAACAAUCGUGGAACUUUAAUAGGUUAUGAAGGGUCAGUAUUAAACAAUAGUGAUGAAAGAAUCAAGUCUUUCCCUUUUACCACCAAAAGACCUACUACUUCAGAAUUAAAGAAAUCUUGGGCUAAAUUGAGUUACUUGAAUGUUGAGAAUAUUGUUUCAAAUGACAACUCUGCCGAAUUGAAGAAACAACAACAACAAGCCGAAUUACUCAAAAAGUCCCAACAACAAAAGGCUAAACCACAAGCUGAGUUGAGUGAUUCAGACAAACAUACUGUUGAAUUAAUUCAAUUUUUGAAGAAAUCUAAAGCUCCAAUGUUAAUCAAUUACCUCAAGAAGAAUGAUUUAUCAACAGAUUUCAUAUUCACCCCUGAGUCUACAUAUAAGCAGACUCCUACAAUGUUACAUUAUGCAUCAGCCAAUGGUUUAACUCACAUGAUUCAAACUUUAUUCAAUUUGAAAGUAGACCCUACAUUUAAAAAUGAAGCCGGAAGGUACGCUUCGGAGAUAUGUUCAGAUUUAAACACUAGAAGAGCAUUUCAAAUAAUCAGAUCAAAAUUGGGUGAAGAUUAUUGUAAUUGGGACGAACUCAAAGUAGGAGUACCCAAAACCAAGGAAGAGUUUGAAAGUGAAGAUAAAGUUGAAGAAGAAAAAAUCAGAAAGGAAAAACAACAACUCAUUCAAGAAGAAUUAGAUAAAAAGACUGAAAUGGAAUUGAAACAGCCCCGAUUCCAAAGUCGUGGUAAAAUUGGUGGUCAUAUUGCUGAAACCGCUGGAUUGACAGAACAGCAAAAGAUGAUGCUUAUGAGAGAACAAAGAGCCAGAGCUGCUGAAGCCAGGUUUAAAAAGAUGCAGGGCUAA